CAAGCACAUCACCUCCCCAACACUUCCUCCUUCCUCCUCCUCCGCCGCCGCCGCCAGCCGGCAACACUCAUUUCAUGCCUCGCUCGCUCUCGCGCGAGCAGAAGCACUAGCGGCCGGAAACCAAGAAUCAUCUCCUGAUGCCUCUGCAUGGUCUCCAGCGCCGGUGCCGCGAUGCUGCGUGGACGCUUCGGCUGCUCCCCCUCUGCAGAUUGUCGUCGUCGUCGUCUUUUACGCGAUCGAAUCGAGACCUCAGCAGCAUCGCCCUCACGGCGGAGGAAGAGGCGUCGUCGGCGCGGAUCAAGAGCUCGCUCUUCAAGGCGCGCAAGGGGAGCGUCGAGGAUCUGGUCCGAUCCCUUGGGGCGGAGUGCUCUGAAAUCCGGCUCACGAGCAGCAUCGCCGACAGCCUACUGUGCAGGUUCGGGGACGACUGGAAAUCCGCGCUGGGCUUCUUCCAGUGGGCGCAGUCGAGGGGCGGCGGCUACGCGCACACCCCGUACGCCUGCAACCGAAUGGUCGACCUGCUCGGGAAGAUGAGGCAGAUCGACCGGAUGUGGGAUCUGCUGUCUGACAUGCAUUGCAGAGGGAUGGUCACGGUGGAGACGGUGGCCAAGAGCAUCAGGAGGCUUGCCGGUGCGAGGCGAUGGAAGGAUGCCAUCGUGCUGUUCGAUAAAUUGGAAGACAUGGGGCUGGAGAGGAACACGGAGACGAUGAAUGUACUGCUCGACGCGCUCUGCAAGGAGAAGAAAAUCGAAUUGGCGCGCGAGGUCUUUGCCGUGCUCAGCCCGCAUAUUGCAGCAGACGCUUACACUUUCAACAUUUUCGUCCACGGGUGGUGCAGCAUGCACAAGAUCGAUGAGGCGAUGUGGACGAUCGAGGAGAUGAAAAGCCGGGGGUUUCCGCCUACUGUCAUCACAUACACAGCUGUUCUUGAGGCUUACUGUAAGCAGCGCAACUUUAGGAGGGUCUAUGAAGUCCUUGAUUCGAUGUGUUCUCAGGGCUGCCAUCCAAAUGUGAUCACUUACACCAUGAUCAUGACCUCGUUAGCAAAAUGCGAAAGGUUUGAAGAAGCUUUGAGUGUUUCCCAUAGAAUGAAGUCCUCCGGUUGUAAUCCCGAUACUCUGUUCUACAACUCCUUGAUUAACCUUCUCGGUAAGGCGGGCCAUUUGUUUGAAGCUUCCCAAGUAUUUCGUGUGGAGAUGCCAAGGAAUGAUGUGCCCCGUAACCUGGUGACAUAUAACACCAUGAUAUCAAUUCUCUGCCAUUAUGGGCGAGACGAUGAUGCUCUCAGUGUGUUGAAGGAAAUGGAGGCGCAAUCUUGUAAACCUGAUCUUCAAACAUAUCAACCGCUUCUUAGAUUAUUUUUGAGUAGAAGAGGACGCGGUGAUGAUGUUCACCGUGUGUUGAGUGAGCUUAUUAAUAAGAGUGGUCUAGGUUUAGAUCUUGAUACAUACACUCUUUUGAUCCAUGGUCUUUGUAGGGUUGGUGAAAUUGACUGGGCUUAUCGACUGUAUGAUGAGAUGGUAGGUAGUGAAAUUAUGCCCAGGCAUAAAACAUGUGAGUUGCUUUUGAGCGAAGCACAAAGGAAAAACAUGGAAGCAUGUGUGGAAAGAGUCCGAAAUGACAUGAUUUGCUUUGGCCUUUCUCCUUAACUCAAGUGGGUUAUAUUCUCCCAUAUGAUUAGUUCGUUAGUGACAACAUCAUAGCGUUGUUUUGUGUGACUUUAGAACUUGAAACAAUGUUUCAAGAUAUUACUGCACAAUGUGCAACUUACCAUUGACUAGAAUUGAGGAAGCAUCUUCAGACCAUAACAAAAGAUUGCCUAUCUGGUGGGUUGUAGCAAGAAAUAAGAUGCAAUUUUAUCUUACGUUUUAUUAUCCUUUUGCAUUUAUCGGCAUAUUUACAGCUAGAAUUGAACAGCUCAUUUAUCAUCCUUGUAAAUUCACAAGGCAGCACAUGCUGUGAUUACAUUUUCAUGUAUGCUAUUUUGUGAAUAUUGGGGAGCAUUGGAUUCUAACAGGAGCACCAUUCAUUAUGUUGUAUUAUCAUAUUAUGCAAUAUGAUAUUAAUGUUUUACAUGUCAAUGUAAUCUUAAACUGCACAAAUGUAAAAGAGAGAAUUUUCUAUGUUAAACAUGUUCAUUUACUUAUCAUGUGUUGAAGAAAACAAUCUGGUUUGUGUUUGUA